AGAUACACUCGCCAAAUAGCUCGUGCGUCGAUGUAUGAAACAUACGGAACCAGCAGCACUGCUGCACAUCUCCAUCUGUCAGUAGUAAAAGUUCUUCCACGUCGUGUGCCAGGUUCUUUUGUAGGGAAAACGACCUAGUACCUGCACCGUUUUGCCAGCUCUGCGCAAGACUAGCCAGCGAACGUGCGAAGUAGUACGAUGCUCGGCGGCGGUGCGCAGGCGCAUCCGGCGUCUGCUGGGUCGAACAGCAAGCCCAGUCCGUCACCCUCCGGGAGCCCGACCUCGAGUCGCGGGGGCUACAGCAGCUACGAAGUUCAGAGGGCGAACAAGAAUGCGAGCCACACCUACGCGGCCAUCGGGAACGGCACGUUUGGGGCUCUUCUGAACCAAAACGGGCGGUACGUCUGGUGCUGUCUCGGCUCCUUUGGCGGCGACCCCAUUUUCAAUUGCCUAGCGAACAACGAAUCCGAAGACACGGGAUUUUUUGACGUCGUUCUGGAGAACAACAGCGCGAACAACGCUUCCCACAGCGGCUAUGGUGGCGCCGGAACUACAUCAAAUCCGCUGACCAGUUCCGGCAGUAAAAAUUCGACCACGGGCAACAUGGGUGGUGGUGGCGGCGGCGUGGGAGGGAGUUCGUCGUCUUCAUCUUCUCGUGCUGUGCAUGCGACGCAGCACUAUGUCCCCCUGACCAACGUGGUCGUCACACGCUUGUCGACCUUCAGCGGGGGAGGUGGUGGUGACCACUCGUCCGCCGACUCGGUUUGCGAAAUCAUCGAUUUCGCGCCGAAAUUUUCCCACUUCGACCGCAUGUUCCGCCCGUUCCAGCUGUUCCGCAUCAUCCGCAAGGUGAAGGGCGAUCCCUGCGUGAAGAUACGCAUACGGCCGACCUUCGGCUACAAUUCGACGGACGGGUUCCGGACCCGGGGCAGCCACCACAUUCGCUACUGCGGCCCGACCGUGACCUGGCGCGUGACGACGACCAUUUCCGUGCAACACAUCAUCGACGAGACGCCUUUCCUGUUGAACAGCGACGAGCCGGAGGUGAUUGUGUUCGGGCAAGACGAGAGCUUCGCCAGUUCGCUGCGCACCGUGGCGCGCGAGUUCCAGGAGAAAACGGCCAUGUACUGGCGGCAGUGGAGCCUCAAUCUGUGCCUCCCCGUGCUGGAUUCCAUCGUGCCCAGCGCUGUGGUUGUUCCGGCGGGGAAUGACAGGCAGUCCAGCUCGAAGAUCGCCGCGGGCGGAGGAGGUGGCAGUAGCGCGAAAGUAGGAGCGAGGGGCGGUGUUGUUGGUGGUCAAGAACGCCAGGCUCCUGGUGACAGCGCCGUCACCAGCGCACCUGUAUCAUCGCAGGAACUAUCGCCUGCUCCUGCGCCGGCCUGGACCUACCAAGGUUUACUUGUUCGGGCGGCAAUCCAUAUCCUGCGCAAAAGGGUCCUCUGUGAGUCGCAGCCUUGCAUUGCAAACAUCUCUCCUAAGGCGGGACGAAGUCAGCACAUUCAUCAUCAAACUCUAUUUUUUGACUUUGUCAUACAACAAUUCGCCCUAGAAGUGGUCCUAGUGUGAUAGAUACUGAUACUUUUGCAAAACUGCAUAAGCCACCUGGUCCAGCAACAGUGUGAGGAGAAUGGGGGGCUGCUGUCCUGCCUGACCAUGGGCCAUCCGCUGUACAAUGUGGCGAACGCUUACGGAACAGGAGCGAAUGGGGACAGCUACUUGUUAAACCAGAACCUUUUCUGGCGCGAUGCCCGGGUUUGCCGCUUGAUGGACGAAUGCCUGUCCAUCCGCGUGAUGCGGGAGUCCGGGCUGUUUGACGUGUGCCGGAAAUUUCUGGAGUUUCUGAAAAACGUGGUGGUCACGUCCUUUUCCGUGUUAUCGCAAGAAAAAAGUGUUACAGUUACACAUUGUGUUGCAGGCCAAGCAAGACAGACGAGCUCUGUCAUGCCGGAUAUGCAUAGGAUCCUCCUUUCAUAGGUAUUUUCCCGUAGGAUUUCUGCAUUACAAUUUUUGUCUCUCAUGCAGAGAAGUUUGUGUUGCUGAAUUCACUACAAAUGUGUAACUGUAACACUUUUUUCGUGGGAUACGUGUCGUCUCUGUCGUUGGAGGAGAGCGUGCCUCCGGGCAUGAAGCGGCUGCACAGCGCGAUGGUUGGUGGAACCAGUGCUGUACCUACUUCUGCUGGAACGAACAACGGCUCCUACUCGUCCGCCGGCGCAAGUAGUAACCACAAUCUGCUCUUCGUGCAGCAUACGUACGGUGCCCUGCAGGAGACCGAUAUCCCGGUUGAGCGUAUGCCCUACCUAGCCGGGUACGAGGGCAGCUCCGGGCUGGUUGCGGCGGGCGGCGUGGAAAAGUGCACGCUAGAGACGCUAGAAAACCACCAACAAAUGUACGGGUUACUCACAAUCGCGCUCUCGCACGCUUUCUUCGACCUGCGGUUGGAAUACCUUUGUUCCCCCAAACUGUUCGAGAUCCUGGAGUCGCUGGCGUUGAACGCGAUGGAAGCAUUCUCCUACGCCGCAAAGAGCUUCCUGAACAAUGGCACAUCUUCUUUCGGCGGCGCGAAUAGUACAACACAACAAGCGAACCACAAACAUGCGUCGUCAAGUACUAAAGCAGGAGGUCCUCCUGCCCGGCUUCCGCCGAAAAUUCUGAAGAAAAAGCGCCUUCCCUACUUUGAUGACGAUGUGGACUUCUACUGCAUUCCGAACUCGAGCAAGUCCGGCGGAGGAGAUAGAAGUGCUGCGCAACUUUCUUCUAUGUCGGCCGCGCAACAGCUGCACCCUGCGGCCAUGCAGCAGCAAGUUUCCUCGCCGGUGAGCAUCUAUCAAAUGCAAAAAUGUCCAGAGUGCGCGAUUUGUCAUGCAGCUUUUCCAUGACCCAUGAGGUCUGGAAUGCAGGACCUGGCAUGACAGAUUCUGCGCGAUCUCUCUCAUGCCCAUCCUGCAUGAGAAACUCCCUCGCGACUUGGUCAAAACUGGACGACUUUUGGUAAUCAUGCAACACAGAUUUUUGCAUGCUUCAGAUUUAGCAUGACAAGUUGCAUUCUUCCAGACCCAGACAUUUUUGCUUUUGAUAGCAUCAACAGCAACUCGCAAACCUUCGUCGGCACGGACCCGGACCAGAACAGUUCGUGGCCCCCGGGGGGAACAAUCGUGGAUCACCCUGCAGUGGGCGGUGGAGCCCCCGCUGCCUCAUCUGGUAGUCCGUAUUGGUACAGCAGUCCCGGCGGAGGUGGGGCAGAAAACUUGAACUAUACUGCUACCAACGCCGGAGCGUAUCAACAUGCGGGUACUAGUAGUAGUCCUAACCCCUACGACACGGCCGGAGGAGCUGCGAUUAUACUGAACCCCAGCAGCACGGCCGCUGCGUCCUCGUCUGGAGGCGUCGUUCCACUGUAUUCGAGCACCGCGGCAGUGGCAGAGCAGCAGGGACAACUAAGCGCCGGAGGAGCGGCCUACGGGAGUUCUUCGCAGGAGCAGCAAAGUUCUUACAACCAGCACACGAUGAUGUUGAACCCAGAAGACGAGGAGGAGGAUCUUGAUGAGGACUUUCUGGAGAAGAAUGUGCGCGUCAUUCCGCAUACCUUCGAGUCCGUGCUUAUGGCGCUCUCAACUGUUACAUUCUCAACUGUUACAUUCUCAACUGUUACAUGAAUUUGUGAUGCGAGAAUGGCAAAACUACAAGGGGGAAGAUUGUGCCUUUUGCGUGACAGAUUUGGCGCAGAUUGUCAGGAGCCUGUUUGGCCCUUCGGGAAUUGGUCAUGCGAAGCAGCUUAAUCAUGUCGAUUCUGAUUGGAUUUGGAAUUUUGCAUGACAAAUCAUGUAACAGUUGAGAAUGUAACGCUUGAGAACGCCAUAGCGCUUCAUUGGGCCGCGGCGGACCGGGUCUCCCGCGUCGCGGCGCAGUUUGUGCCGGAGACGAACAAAGCCGAGCUUUGGCGAAAACGCGCGAACGAGAUGCGGGCGAAAAUCGAAAAAUACAGCUGGAACCAGGAAAGACAGUGCUUCUGUACGAAAAUUUAUUGUGCAAGAUGGAUAGAAGAGAGUUGUUAGUAUCACGACCAGGAGAUCAUGCAAAGAAACCAAGACCAACUACUACCAAGGAACACACACUACAAGGUGAAGUUGAUACUUAAUUAUGAACACACGACACGGAGACCACGCACACUCAGAACAUUUUUAAUCAGGUACGCACUGGGGCGGGAAGGAGGUGGGACCAGCUUUGCUCCGUCUUGUCGAAGUGGGAUUCCUCGUAUGGCAUUGAAAGCAAAGGAAGCUAAAAGUUUUUUGAUCAUCUUGCAGCAGCUACUAGAGUAAAUGUGUAUUUUUUGGACCAAGUCUGUGUCUGUCUGUGACCGAGCUAUCCGAAUUCUGUGCGCCAAGGAUGAGGAAGCCAUAGGCGACGUAGCAUUCUGGCUGCAAGUAGUGCGAGCGGAAAAUUCAAAUCAUAAGGGCAUGCAACCUGCUUUUGGUUUUGCUUUUGCCAAUUUCAUAUUUCUCGGAAGACGAUCCGCGAUUCAGCGCCACCGUUCUUGCCUUCGAGGAGGAUGCUUUUAAAUCAGCGGUAUUCAACAGCAAUAUACUGAAGAACAUUGAAGUAGAAGCUAUCAUGGUGUCAUUUUUGUUUACCUGUUUCGCACAGCACUUUAGCCCCAUUCAUGGCGAUGCAUGGCGCACAGUUCGUUGCGCAUCAACUUUUCCGAUUCCACCCGACUUCUGCACGAUAAAGGUAAUCGCGCCGAAUACGUUUACAUCUAGUACUCUCAUGUGGUACGCGGAGGCUCUGCGCCUGGCGGGCAAGGAAACCCAGGCCCGGAACCUGGUGGACGCGGUGGCCCAGGCCUUCUACGAGUUCGGUAGUUUAGGGGAGGCCGUGGAUUUGAGCAGCCAGAAGCCUUACGGAAACUUUCCCUGCACCUCUGCCAUUUUGUCCUUUAUGCGCGCCGCCACACGCCUCGGCAAGAACGCGCUCGUGUAGGAUCGGGGCGAAGAUGAUCUUCUUGUUGAGGUCGUCCAAACUGAUUCUGAAGUCGUGUAAAAAGUCUAAAUGCAUCAUGACGCGGGUCGUUCAUUUUCCAUUGUACGGGACCACCUAAAUUACAGGGGUGCACACCGGAGUAGACCACCUACAUAGAGUGGAGGUAUAAUUGCGCCACUCUGUCAUUGACUUGGAGGCUGUGGCAAAGUGGAGUUCUUGUAACGCAACUUUUCUAUAGUAACGGCGGCGUUCUUGCCUUGUCGUGUAACCAUAUUUGCAAAAAAUGUGCCGCAAGAUAAAGAAAGAUCGCAUCCUCGCGAAUGAACACAAAUAAAUGGCGC